GGAACAUCUACAGAAAAAUUAUACUUUUGUUUUCUCGUCAAGCUCAUAUUAUCAUAUUCUUUUAAAUUGUGUGAUGGUUUUCAAUAAAUCAAGUCCAGAUCUCCUACUUCAAGAUAGUAUGGAGUUUCCCUUGAAUGUGAAAUUUGGUAAUAAGUAAUAGUAUUACUAUGCUUUUCUUCCCGAGUAUAAGGAGAUUGCCUUGUGUCAGUUGUAUACAUAUUGACAACAGAAUGUGCACAAUUAUCCACAAUAGAGAAAAACAACAUUGGACCGGAUAGACUGGGAGGUGCUAGGUCGAAGCUAUAAAUGAUUUAAGUUGAAUUCUGUAGCUAUUUUCUUUAAAGGAUUUGGUUCGACAUAGGAUAAGCAAGGCCGGACGAGGAAGGAUUUUUUUUACAUUGCUGAUAAGGAAGAGGAGAGGAAGUAAUAUACAGUAUGUGGACUGUAACCCAAGGUGCUAUGCUACACUGUAAAAAGCAAAUAAUUUACGAGUUAUGCUCUUGGGCAUGGUUGACGAUCCUCGUGUUGUCCUGAUCAAGCUUGCAGACAGGCUGCAUAACAUGAGAACCAUUUAUGCACUAUCAGUACCUAAAGCACAAGCAGUCGCUCAAGAGACGUUGGCUGUAUGGUGCUCUCUUGCAUCAAGACUGGGGAUUUGGGCUCUAAAAGCAGAACUGGAAGAUCUAUGCUUUGCUGUUCUCCAGCCACAUAUGUUUCGGAAGAUGCGAGCUGAGCUUGCCUCAAUGUGGAAUCCUGUCAACAGGGUAAAAAGUUUUAGAAGACUAUCACUUAAGUCUGACUGUCAUUUAGGGCUGCAGGACACCAACGCAGUUUCCAAUUAUGAUCGGCCUACUUCCAGCUAUGAAAGGGGUAACAUGCAGGAUCUUUUGCAGGCUGUAUGGCCAUUUGAUCUGUUGCUGGAUCGCCAAAAGCGCACUAACUUUCUUAAUAACCACAGGAACUUUUUACAAACUUCACAAAAUAUGCCCAAGGUGGUAAUCGAUGCUGUCAUUGCACUAGAAUCUUUAGUGGUUUGUGAGGAAGCACUUGAGAGGGAAUUGCUAAUAUCGAACUCUUAUAUUCCAGGGAUGGAAGUAACUCUGUCUAGUCGACUUAAAAGCAUAUACAGUAUCUAUUGCAAGAUGAAAAGGAAAGAUGUUAGCAUUAGACAUGUUUACGAUGCUCGGGCAUUAAGAGUCGUCGUGGGGGACAGGAAUGGAACACUCCAUGGACCUGCCGUUAAGAGCUGCUAUAGUCUUCUUGACAUUGUCCACAGGCUCUGGACUCCAAUUGAUGGUGAAUUUGAUGACUAUAUUAUCAAUCCUAAGUCAAGUGGUUAUCAGUCUCUUCAUACAGCUGUGCAGGGUCCUGACGGCUCACCUUUAGAGGUGCAAAUAAGAACACAGAUGAUGCAUGCCAACGCUGAGUUUGGACUUGCUGCUCAUUGGUUAUAUAAGGAGAAUAAGGGGGAAACUACAAGCAGCACAUAUGAUGAUAAGAUCAGUGCAUCUUCCUUCCAAACUAACAGUUUAGAGCAUGAAGGUUAUUUGCAACAUGAUAUUUACCAAAAGUAUGGUUCUAUAAAACCAGGCCAUCCUGUUCUUAGGGUGGAGGGUAGUCAUUUACUUGCAGCGGUCAUUGUCAGGGUAGAUAAGGGUGGAAGGGAGCUUCUAGUUGCAGUGAGUUUUGCUCUUGAAGCUUCUGAAGCUGUAGCGGAAAGAAGAUCUUCAUUCCAGAAGAAGCGUUGGGAAGCUUAUGCUAGGCUUUAUAAAAAGGUCUCUGACCAGUGGUGGUUUGCACCAGGCCAUGGUGAUUGGUGUACAUGCCUUGAGAAGUACACACUAUGCCAAGAUGGGAUAUUCCAUAAGCAAGAUCAAUUUCAGCGCAUGUUACCCACCUUCAUACAGAUAAUAGAUCUAACAGAACAGGAGGAAUCCGAAUACUGGAUGAUUGUGUCUGCUGUGUCUGAGGGAAGAACUAUUUUACCUGCUCCUUCAGCUGCAGAUUACUCUGAAAGGGCAAGCUUGGACUCUUACUCUUCCACUCGUUUCAAAAAUGGGAUCAAUAAUAAGGUGAGUUUGCUGAGGACAAUGCUUCAAUGGGAAGAGCAAGUUCGAGGCGGAGUAUCAACUAGAGAAACGAGGCGAGAUAAAUCCAAGUCUGGAACUCUUGGAGAAGUAGCUAUUGUCUGCUGGCCAAAUGGCGAUAUAAUGAGGAUGAAAUCCGGAAGCACUGCAGCUGACGCUGCCUAUAGGAUCGGUCUUGAUGGAAAACUAGUACUCGUGAAUGGCCAGCUUGUUUGGCCACAUACCGAACUCAAGGAUGGUGAUAUAGUAGAAGUAAGGAUGUGA